GAAGGGGGAUGGCAGCCCCGUGCCAGGUCUUUCCAGUGAGGGAGCUUCAUUUCUUUUCGUGGCGAUCCAGUCAGAACCGCGCUCUUUUACGCAUUUUGGAGAGCUUUCCGCGAACUUUGGAGGCGCUCAAAUAAACCCAGCAACAAACCAUGGCUGAAGCGCACGGCUUACUCACCGAGGAUCCGUGCAGUCCGCAGAGCAGCGGCGGCUCUACGCCCGGGCACGAACCGGACCGGGAGGUCGGGAACUCUCCCGCCGGAACUGACGCGCAGGCGGCGGUGCGUCCGCUCGCCGGAGCGGAGAGCCCCCCGGAGGACGAGCGUUUCCCGGCCUGCAUCCGGGACGCGGUGUCGCAGGUGCUGAAAGGGUACGACUGGUCGCUGGUGCCCGUGCCGAGUCAGGGGGAGAGAGGGCUGAAGAACAAGCCGCACGUGAAGAGGCCGAUGAACGCCUUCAUGGUGUGGGCGCAGGCGGCGCGGAGGAAGCUGGCGGACCAGUACCCGCACCUCCACAACGCGGAGCUGAGCAAGACGCUGGGCAAGCUGUGGAGACUUCUCUCUGAGACAGAAAGGCGGCCAUUUGUAGAGGAGGCUGACAAGCUGAGACUGCAACACAAGAGAGACUAUCCAGACUACAAAUACCAACCUCGAAGACGCAAAAGUGCUAAACCGGGCCAAGGGGACCCGAGACCACAACACCAGCACCAACCCCAGCAGGGCUUUUAUAAGACGGAAGCUGGGUUGACCCGGCUAGGUGGUGUAGGAGAGGUCCCCAAGCAUUACAAUCCAGACAGACCAGGUCAACCUCAUGGUCCUCCAACACCCCCGACUACCCCUAAAACGGAGCUCCACGCUGUUAACAAGCAUGAUGCCCAUCAUCCUGUUGACAGUAGCUCCGCUGCUAUUCACUCCAACCGAAACAUCGACUUCAGCAACGUGGACAUUUCAGAGCUUAGCACCGAGGUCAUCGGCACCAUGGAUGCCUUUGAUGUGCACGAGCUGGACCAGUACCUGCCCCUGAACAGCCACAGCACUAUUCUUCCAGCCCAGAUGGAACCCGGCAGCCUGAAUGGGUCAUACGUCCCCCAACGCGCCCAAGCUCACUCCAACAGCAUAGUCAACUGUACCGUCAAAACACCUGAAGGUGCAUCGACGGAGGUACCGCAGGAGGACACUAGCCAAAAACCUCAGAUCAAAAUGGAGCAGAUGAGCCCGGGCCAUUGCAGCUCAUCACCUUCCUCUUCUACUUCACCUCCUUCACCUUCACACCAACCUCAGUACACCUCUCUAAGCUCCUCCACCUCCGUGUCUCCUCCUAACCCGCCGGACUACACCGACCUUCAGAACGCCAGCCUCUACGGCGCGUUUUCAGGUUACAACGCCGGCCUGUACCAAUAUCCGUACCUUCACUCAACGCGCAGGUCGUACGCCGCUCCGCUCGUCAACAGUCUGGCCUUGGCGCUGCCUCCUGGCAGUCCAUCGUCUGUCUGGGAGCAGCCCGUCUACGCGUCACUCUCCAGGCCUUGACGGGGACUGAAGCCUGCCGUCUGACUCAACCUCAGCUCGCAGACAGUAAACAAAAUCUCAUCUGUUUCUGUGAAAAAACAUCACCGGCCUUUGUUGUUGUCAUGCUGAAGAAAUCUCAAGACUGACAAGUACUUAGAAAUAUGUUUGAAAUUGGACAUCUUGAAAGGGUAAAUCAUUAAAAUUCUCCAAAUUCAAAUUCAUUUGUAGUUUUAGCUGAACCUUAAAAAAAUCCUUACAAUCAAGUCAUCUGAUACUACCCACCAUGCACCAGGGUUGUUUCGAACCAGCUUUGACAACCAGCGUUGGCAAUAUGAUGGUCAUUCUAAUAAACAAUAUCUACCAAAUGGAGGUAACGCAUAGUUAUAUUAAUAUAGAAAUAGUUAUAGUCUGUCAUAUUUGAUAAGAGUUCAAAUGGAGUUUAAAAGUAAAAUACAUGCAAAUAGGUGGUCUUAAGUACUGUACACACAGUAGACUUUACAAUGAAAUUAUAUGUAAGAUUUAAGCUUUUUAAAGGUUAUUUUAUUGAAAAAUUCAUAAAAAUAUCUCAGACAAUUUCGAUAUGCCAUGGUUUAUUGAAACCAGGUUCUUACUAGACCAAGAUGGCAUCCUCCAAGACCAAGAGCAAGCGCAGAUCUUCUGAGACCGAGACUAAGACAUACGAAUCUGAGACCGAGCUCAAGAUCAGAAGAUAACAGGUUGAGACCGGUCCUGAGGCUUCCAGACCAGUCCAGGGAGCCGUAGUUUAGGACAGUUUCUUAAACAAAACCAUGUGUAGGUUGGGAUGUGGCUCCCAACAAUUCCCACGUCUCUAAAAGCAAAACAUUCACUACAAAUUGACGUCCUGGCAGGAACUUUUUAAAUUUAUUAUACGUAUAUUAACAUUACAGGUAAUCUACCAUGAAUGUUUUGAACUCCGGAAAGAAACCUAUGCAGAGGGAACUCAACCUGCCGUUGCGAAAACAUCCGAACUCAAAGCAAGUUUGAAUCCACAAGCUGCCUGGCGACAGUCCCACAAGAGUCUCUGUAAGCCUGCUGUGAUCUCAUGGUAUUUAUCAAAUUAAUCUUUGAAUUGUUCUUGUUUUCUGUGCCUUGGUCUGAGAGCUUUUUUUUUGCAACUUGUACAAUUUGUGAGAUGAUGUAUCUAAUGUGGGACUUCAGCUGAAUAAAAAGGUUUUGAUCGAUUGUA